ACUAUAUAGGUAUAUAUCGUGUUGUUUUUGUUGUUGUCGUUAUCGUGUGUGUUUACCGCGUACCGUGACUUAUAACCGUCGUCGGGUCUUGUAAAUAACGAUAAAUAUUGAUAUUAUAUGCAAAUUUCCGAAAACCGUCAGCGGCACUGCCCACGGGCCGCCGCCGUCGCCGCCUAACCCGGUCGCGGCAUGUUGUCUUCGCCCGGACAAGCGGAACGUCGUUUGCCCGUUAUCGCCAUCGACCGUCGGCCGCCGUCGCCGCCAAUUUGUUGAUGCACAAUAUUAUCGCACACAAGUCCCCAAUCAUGACGUCUCUGCCGGACGACGGUCCGUUUCGUUUUGACAAAAAUCUUUUUUGAAAACAUUUUUUUUUUAAAAAAAUGAUAGCCGCCGACCCGGAAACGGCGCCUCGACUUCGGCAGCAGCAGCAGCAGCGCGACGACGGACACCCCGAAACGGUCGACCCGAUGCCGUCGCCGACGCACCCGCAUGACGACAGGCCGUACCCGGUGGCCGCCAGCGUGUACGUGUUGAUCGACGACGAAAAGUUGAUGGGCACCGACAUGCGCGUCAUGUGGUUUCUCAAGCGUCUGGGAUGCGUGCUCAAAGUGGACGUGGACCAGGCCGACCAAGAGCUGUCGUCCGAACUGUGUAAAAUCGUGUCGUUCGUGCCCAGAGACGACGCCAACACGACCGCCGCCGCCGUUACCAAUCGCGUUGACCGCAGCAAUGGUCCCAACGACAAUCAUCGCUUUUUCACCAUGGACUCGCUGACCCGCGUAUACUACCUGACGUCUGUGUACACGAUGGUGUACUGUUUGGAUAUGAGUCCGUCCAACUGUUCGGUGGACAUUCAAAGGGGCCAUGUGAUGCUUGACGAAAUGAUCGUAGCCUUACAACGCAGCAUCCAAGGUUUCAUACGACCUUUUAUUAUACCAGGAUCUCACGAAAUACUAUUCGAACCACAAGUGUACGUUACCGUUAUAGUGCACACGCCAUUUUACACGUCGCUGGCUCAGCAGGUGUUGGUCCAAGGGUGGCGUGUGAAUAAUCACAAUUUUAGUGAAUUUAUCAAAAUGAUCUCAUGUGAAAUGACUCGAUUGGAAAACGCAGUGGCCCAAUCAAAUACAGUUUCGUGGAAAAAUACAAAUUCCGACGACGAAAACAUGUCAUCGUCGUCGGACGAUGAUUUCUACGACGCCAACGACCCUGGUCGUGAAGACCGCAAUCAAAACGGUCAUACGAGUGUUGGCGCAACCAGCCGAAGUCGUCGAAACAAUUUAGUCAGCAAUGCGGAGAAAAAUAUGAAAAUAACAACAAUGACCAACAGCAACAGUCCCGACUCUGGAUUUAUAAACACACUUAGGUACGGAAUGCUGGCCGUGAGAUUGUUGCCCCGAUCCAGUAUAUCGAACUUGAUAGUCAUCACUGACGGAAUGAUCACUUUGGCCGACAUUCAAGUGUUGGAUUCGGUGCUGAAUCAAUUGAGAUGCAUCGGCGUCGCCUGUUCGUUUAUGCACGUUUCCAGUCAAUUUCAUCCGCAUUCGUGCCAUGGUCUCGUGCCGUAUUCGGAGCUCAUGCAACUCAUUGCCACCGCCACUAUGGGCACGUAUUUGAACACGUUCCCCGACACCGACGACGAUUCCACCGUGAACUAUUAUCAUGAAAAAUUUGUCUUGUGGACGUUCAGAAAAGGAGACGAUAUCGCCUCGUCCAACGCUAUGUCGUCAAACAACACGUCGAAUCUCAGUUGCACCCCACCACGCGUACGCCACGGCGAAUGGACAGUAAAAAACUCGAAUUUUUAUGGUAAUCGACAAACACAACUAUUAACGAAAAGGCAAAUAAACGACCACAUGCAAGCGCACUUGGACAACGUAGUGUGUUGUCGUAUGCGUGAAGGAUUCAUCAUAGAGGAUAUACAAUUCAGAGACGCCGGUAGCAGCUCUACGAAUUCCAAGCUACAGCUGAAAUUUGUCUUACCGUGGACCAAUCAUAUAUACAUUGAGUACGAUUUGACCGUGAAAUGGCCGCCGCCAAGUUGUUCGUUAGCCGGACCAGUCAUGUCACAAGGUUCGACGACGGUGCAGUCCCCGCCCGCGUCCAUCACGCAGUCUACACAUAUACCAAUACCCUCACAAUCGGAUAGCUGCUUAAACAUUCAUUAUGUAAUUUUAGUAAAAGGUCCGUACGAGUUUCUCCGCGAUAUAACGUCUAGCAGAAGUAAGAAAUCACAUAACCAGAAUCAGGCACAAUCGUUUCAACAACGUCAGUACCAACUGUCAUCGUCGUCUUCCUCAGUGACGUUUCCGCCUUUCUCUACGACAAUCACUAGUGCUACUGUCCAGCUGGCGGACAACGGAACUCCUAUAGCUAAUCGAGGGAUCGUCAACUCUACGGUCACAUCCAAUUACAGACAGGCUCUGAUUACCCGUUUCUGGUCUACGAUGCGUUCCAUCGGCCAAACCGACCUGUUAGUGAAGCACCUUGAAACGUAUUCGCCCAGUACGGGACAUUUGGUUGACUAUAACAGCUCUAGCCAAACAAGACAAUACGAACAACAAAUUCUCGACAACCAACAAGGCCAGAGGGGGGACCCGUUGAACAUAAGCCCGAGCAGUCCGAACAGCUCUAGUAAAACGGACGCUAACAAAUUUUUGGCUAAUACUGUAGUAGCGGCCGCUACUAUCGCCAAUCUUUCGCCCACAGGCAUACCAAAUCGGAGUCCACUGCGCAGUGGUAUGCCGUUGUUUUAUCAUUUGCCAACGACCACGACAACAUCGGCGUUAAAGCAGCAACUACAAGUAAAAUUGAAUGAUCAACAACAAAAUUACACAGACCAUCAGCAUCAACAGUACGCCGACUUUUGGAAACCCGUGUGCACGUUGGAUCCGGAUGCACAAUGGCCCAGAUGGUUUUCCACGUAUCGCAUUGGCGGAGGCGUGUUAUUGCUGAGACACGAUCGUCCUCUACCUAGGUGGUUGCACGUAGCCAAUACGGUCAACGGCCGAUACCAGACUCUUACUUGUCGCAAAGCUGCCGAAUCAUUGUUUGCUAUGCUCAAACAAUGGUGUACGUUUGUUUUGAUCGACGAUCAUUCUUACGUGAAAUGCUUAAACAGAAACGAGACUUACACUAGCAACGUAUCAUUUUGCAUUGCUCGAGUAACAUUGAGACCUCCGUGCUGUUGUUGCGUGGUGUUACACGUGGCGUUUCAGAGUUGUGUACCGGCUACUGUCCAUCAUAAGAUUGUAGACGAUCUGAAGAAACGUGUUCAACAAUUGGAUUCCACAAUGACCACAGCGUCGUCGGUUUUAACUACUACUACCAGCAAGAACGACGAUUCUGGAAGUAACGGUGAACAUCGUCACCUUCACGCCAGAAGGAAAAGCGUAAUCAGCAAGAUCGUCUUGAAAAAAAACAAACGACCAAAGAAAUACGUGAGAAUACUAGACAAACCAUUGGAAAAGAUUCUCAUUAGAUACGAACGGAUGCCUUCGCAGUUCACCACAGUUAUAUUUCCGGAUGGCACUCAACCCAAUUCUAUAAUCAACGCUUCGCCCGUGACCACAAAUUUCCAUUUUCCAAACCCUACGGCCAACAGUGGACGACAACAGUUGAACCAACGUGGUAUUUCCGACGGAAGACUAAGCACCACGCCGACAACAACUACAACCCUGUCACGUUAUUUGUACCACAGACGAUGGAUUUGGAGCAGCGGACACAGCCAACACAAUAACAGCAGCACAUCGCAACAACAACAACAGCAACAACAGUUGGCUCGUACUCUGUCCAUAUUGACAAAGAUCCGUUUGAGAGAAGGAUUUAGGUUUGCUCAUUCGUCUGCCGGCAUUAUUAAUAUGGUUUUGCAAGUAGACAUGACCGAAGCGUCUUCUUUGGACAAAAACAAAUCGUCCGAAACGAAUACGACUACUAGCCAUUGUGUCAUACAGUAUGUACUGUUUCCUCCGCACAUCAUUUCCAAACACCAGCCGCUUGACCACGAUGCUGAUGAUGUAAACGACGGUUCAAAAGCGAGACUCAACGACGAUAACAUGUAUUCGUCCGAGGAUGAAGACCAACGUCCGGAAAAGUACAAAAGACAAGAAAAAAAUAUCAACGUCGAAACAACGAAUGGUGGACAUUCGUCCAUAGAAGACGAUUACCAACUGAUAACGGAAUGUUGGAUCGAACCACAACACGGAUCAGUGGUCGUAAGCGGAGACAAAAACAACGAAUACAUGUCCGGACUGAUGUACGAACAAUUAGCAGACGCUAUGUGGCUGGUCGACGCCGAUUGUAUCAGUUCGCUGUUUACAUUCCAACACAUGCAACACAUGUGCAUUGAUUCCGGAGUGUCCGUUUCGAGUUCCGGUUACGAUUCGCACCAGAGACGACGGGACAAGAAGAACAAAAUAAGUAUCGACGGCGGUCGCAUUUACAAGUUGCCGUUCGACUUCAGCCUGGUGAACCUGUUGCCCAAAUGCCGGCGCCAUUCAUCCAUAACGUUCAACCUGUUCUCCACGUACUCCGCCAUUGACGGCAACAAACUGAACGCGAUGCUGGAACGGGCGUUUUACGCGGAGCUGCGCACCAUCAACGACAGGUCGUUCGACGUGAGCGGCGCGGACGGGUUGCAAGGCGCCGCCGCCAAGCCGGCGGACGCGGCGAAGAAGGACCGGCACGACGAGAACGGGCAGUGCUACGUGAAACGGUUGAACAACACCAGGCUGAUAUUGACGGUGACGCCUUCGUGCGGCAAAAGCCCGGAGAAAAGAUUCGAAUUCCCCGAGAACACGGACUGGCAACCGGCCUGCCGUCUGCGGGCCAACACGUGGCACUACUGCAACCGGGCCGGCGGCAUCCAGUCGUGUCCGCCGCGGCCGCCGGACAGGUACCCGUCGAGGGAGGCGUUCCCGUCGUCGUCGUCGUCCGUGCAGUACUACCGGGCCAUGUCGGUCGGCUCGAAGCCGGCCAGCCACAGCAACGACAUGUCGUGGGCGCGGUUCCGGCUGGAGCGCAACUUCUGCCCGUCCACCAUCAUGGACAGCCAGUGUUUCGACGCCGGCGGCGGCGACGAGCCCGCCGACGACGAGCCGCCGCCGGACUUCGCCCCUACCAUGGCCGUGGUGGUGUACGAUUGCCGCAGGCUGGCCGUCGAGCGCGCCCUCGUCUCGAAGAACGUGUCGCCGCCCGGCGACGACCCGGUCGCGAUGCCCGACAACAACGGCAGCUCGGACGAGAGUCGCUGCAGCAGCUCGACGCCGACCAGCGACGAGGACGAGGACGGGGACACCGCCGCCACCACCGCCAACUACGCGGCGGCGGCGGCCGCCGAUCCGAUGGUCACUUCGCAAAAAGACGAAACGAUACUGGACAGAUAUUUGGUGAAAAUACAACAAGCGUACGACCGGUGUUUGGUGACCACGGUCUUCCGGGCUUUACAUUUGGGAUUGGACGUACGGUAUUUGGACGUCCAGUGUGCCGUCGACCGGUGUCAACAUCAAAUGAUGACUUUCGACAUAACCGAUUACAUUAAAGUCGUUUGCGGUCAUUUCAAAAACAACACCAGUUUCAACAGUUGUCCCGAAGAGAACAAAACGUUGAAAUUGCACCACGACAUGAUUCGGUCAAAAUUUGCCGCCACUCUGCGACGACACAUGCUCCAGUCCGUAUCCAGUCAUCCGGACUACUAUUUUUAUUGUUGCACUGCGAAAAAUAAAUUCGACCAAGAAGAGAAUUACAAUAACGACAAUCAAUCGUCGAGCGAAAGCAUCGUUAACCAGGGACCGGACAACACGGGGACGAAUGAGAUGAGCAAACAGUGUUUGCACACAGAAGUAUCGGAAGACCCAACUCCAUUGUUCGUGCACCUAGUGUGUUCGGUAAAAACCGAUACGAUGACAAAAAGCCGUUCGGUACGGUCCUUGCCGACGUGCAUACUCGAGCUAAUGGACAAAGACAAUGACGACGAACCUUUUGACCUGGCUGAUAUCGACUUCAAGAACGUAAGGGUGUCGUUGGAUGUGUAUUGUCUGAUUUUAGCGAAUCCGGACGAAGAUGACGAUGAAGACGACGACGAUAGCGGCAGCAAAGACAAGAUGAGUAAUACAGACCCAACUCAGCUGGCCAACCACGGCACAUCGUAUGCGCCACUUCAAAAAUCCAACGAAAGUCACAACAAACCUUUGUUGUCGUCGUUGCCCGUGCGGUAUGCUCGAGGCUUGGCUGCCUUUAUAGCGGAGGUGGAAUGGUGUAUGCGUGAUGAAAUGGCCGCCGGUCUCCUGGAAGAUUCUACCGUGACGCCGGAAACGUUAGAUAAAGUCAUCCAGCACGUUUCCAAUUCGUCCAGUUCGUCUUCGAACGGUCAUCAAGAGAUACCGGUGUAUUUUGUAGAACCUCCAUUGGGCUCUUCGAACUACAACAGCAUUUCCCUAUUCGUCCAACAACUCGACCAAAUGGACAUCGUGCUCGACCAAGACAACGGCGGUGGGCUGUACGCGCUUGCAAAAUCGUCAAACGAUACGUUCUACGUGGUUAAAAAGAAAUUCACUUCCAACACGUCCACGGACAGCACGAUUUCCGACGACGACAGCCACGCAGCGAUGGGUAGCGACUCCGAAGAUUGUCUGACCAAAGCAGAACAAUCCAGGCCGUCGCUGCCGAACUUUUGGAUUAUAUUAAAAAUUCAAUCCAACCAGUCGGAACAAAAUAAUUCAUUGACGGUCAUGUUGUAUUUCCAUUGCAGAUUCACCGAACUGGACGUUCGCGGGAGGUAUGCCGCAGUGAGAGAAGACGUAAGACAGCACAUUUAUCGAGCAGCCACGGUUGUCAAUCAGACCUUAUUGCUGUGUCGUUUGCACGACACUAGAAUGUGUGAUCCCAUAUUGGAACCGAUCACCGAAAACCACGUUAAUUCGGACGACGACGAUACCAGCAACUGUGACGCCGACAAGAAGACCAAUCAUUUUACCUUCGGACAGUUCCGUUGUCCCGUCGUAUGGACCGCAAAGUUUAUGUUACACCCAAGGCUUCAGCAUUCGUCAUCUAUGCUUUUGCUCGGCGUCCAAGUGUUGCACUCCGUGUUGGACAAACUGUCCGUGCGCAACCGCCGCAACAUGUUUGUUUACCGGGAAGAAUCGUCGGGAUCUGUGUUUUAUCUAAGGCUUUACGAAAACACGUUACAGCAGCACAUACAGAAUCAAAAGAAUCUUUUACUCGACACUGUGCAAUCCGACUCGGACGACGAAGACUCUAUAUCCAGAUGCUCGUCGGCCACGUCUACCACGGCCACGAUAGCUUCUUCCAUUAACCCUCCUUCUUACAACCCCCAUUCGUUACGGAAACCGUCCGACGACAUCAACUAUAUGGACACCAGAUCCAACCAGACGCUCGGAUCACGUUCGCUGGCAGGCAAUUGGGCCGAUGCGGACUCCAAAGACGUCGAAUACCUUACGUUGAAAGUGCACGGCAUAUCGCCCGUGGGCACCGAAAUCCGUGUCGAUCUGGUGGAGGUGCUACAGAACCGGUUGAACGACGCCGUGCUGGAAGUGUUGACUACCAUGCUGUACCGGAAUCCCGUUUGCCGGUUGUAUCCGGACGACGUGCGGUUCGUGCAGCCGUUGGACAACCCCGCCGACAACGUCAUCAAAUUUUCGUUGCCGGUCGACAUAAGGAUAAAGAAAUCUCUGGUGCACAACCUGCAACGUAACGCCGUGGCUCUGUUGUUGUACCCGCCCAAGUACGCCAGCCGUCGCCAAAGGUUCGUCGUCAACAACAGCCCGGGCCCGGAAAAGCCGCUGGUCCGUUGUUUUUUCAUCUACAACCAACAGAGCAGCGCCGGCAUCGGCGGCAUACGCACCAGCGGCAACCGGGGCCUGGCGUGCGUCUUGUUCGAGGUCCAUCUGAACGACUACAAGAACAAAAUCGACACGAUGAGCAACUAUCCCACGGACCCGAGCCUGUUCGAAAGUCGGGUGCGACCGUCGUUGUUCGUGGGCGACGAUCCGCCGAAAUCCAACGCGCACGUCAAAGCUUACACUAAAAUACACGUGUGGCGUCGGGGACGAGUCAACAUGGAAGCGCUCCAAGCAAAAUUGACAGUGAUUAUCAGCAACACUCUGUGGGACGUGAGCGUGGAGCAGUUCCUCAAAGAACAACCGAUAGCGAUCGAGUCCGACCAGCAACCUCCCGCGUGCCACUUAAAUGCGUUGUACGCACAACACUUGGCCAGAUGGAUUGCGUUUGGGGCUCGCACUUCGGCACCGUUGGCACGCCAUUCCCGAAUCCAGCACAGGAUAUCCGUCGACCACGUGCUCAGAGAGUUCAAAACGCAUCUGUCGUGGACCGGAACGUCGACUUCCAACGGUUCCACGUUGUCCGUACGUUACUUCUACGCGGAACGCACGCCCUACGGUCAGGCGAAACCGUUCAGCAGCAAUCUGGUCGCCGGCCUCUUGGAUCCGUUACAGUUGGACGACACGUGCGCGGACACCGUUUUGUCGGACAACUUGACGUUCCACGAAUGGCAACCGUCGGCGGCGGCGGACACCGUAAACGCCACUUGUGUACUAGUACUGGUGUCCGUGGCCACGUUGGCCAACUCCAACGGGGAACAAGAAAACCAUCAACACCGUAGCGUUAGACCGAUCAAGCGGAGCGAUUCGGACACUGACAACGGAUUGGUCGUGGUCGAAGACGAAGAGAACGCCGAAGACAACGAAGACGAGGUCACCGACAGCGAUAAAGAAGACAACACGAAAACGAUAACGAACGUCAAUCAGUUGGUCGCGAUCAACAUCGGAACGCACGAAGAAGCCAAAAAGAACAACGGCACCAGCAACAACAACAACAACGACAACGGCAGAAUAAUUAACCGACAGAAAUUGAGCAGACUCCUGUUGUUGGCCGUGUCGGGACGUGCGUUGCACACGUUAACGUACAACUGGAACAACGGCGGCGACGAUAACUCCACCGGUGUCCGUCGACUGUGCGGUUGGUUGGAGUGGAGGCGGGCGGUGUUCUCUUCGGCGGUACUGUACAAGUUGGGAUUGAUUAAUCCCAGAGCGUACAACGCCACGCUGAGCAGUCAUAGUGCGGCGGUCAAAAACAACGUGGACCUGUUGUUGGACUAUAAAGGCUACGCCGCGGCCAUGGGCGACCACCACGAGUACGGCGAACGGAUCGGAGCCGAUAAAGUCACCAGGACGAGCGGUCGCGUCAAGCACAACGACACCGACACGGAAGACAAGAAAAUCAAAAGCAACGUGUACGAAAAGGACGUUCAAGAUUUGUACCUCGAACGGUCCGUGCGGGUCUACAAACAACAACGGCGUUUAGAUCUCCAUCGCAAAUGUCUGUACGACAUGUGGACGCACUCCGAAGAAAGGGUCAUUUCCAAAGAGACUCUCUGGACGUUUUACCGUCACAGCCGACUGCUUCAUUACUGUUUGACACCGUUGCUGUUUUUGCCUAGAUGGCGUUUGGAGUCGGCUGCCACCAGAGACCAUUCAUUGGAUGCCUACAAAACAAGAACCACCGAACCUCCUCCCCUGUGGCACCGUAAGUUGUGUGCCAGGUUCAGCCAGGCGUACGCAGAGUACAUAGAAACACACCCCGCCGUCACCGGGUUCCAGCUUGUCCAAAUUGGCAAACAACAACACACCGCCGGUCAUCAUCACGCGGUCAACGACAGUACCGGAAACGAGACGGAUAUAUCAAAAGCGACCACCUGCUAUUUGAAAAAAUCUGUGCCCGGAAUCAACGGCGGUCUGUUGCUGAUCGAAACGGGCGUCAGCCAACCGUUUUACUAUGUAAAAAUGUGCUGUGUCGAGAGAGCCAGGCUUGCCAACAACAGCGACGAACCCGAUGACGACGAAGAAAAUCAACAACAGUACACUCUUCUCGAUCAGUCCGAACGAAUCGUGCACAACAUGCAUUUGCAUUCGUUCACGUAUGAUUUUCACGUGCGGAUAUUGACCGACAGACUUGGCAAGUUGAUAAAAAACGUCAACAACAACCGUUUCGUCGUCGUCGUCGGUCCCGGCAAACAACAAUCGCAGCCUCAACAAACGUCGUCGGCGCUGAACAAGAGCGCUGCUCAUCAAUCGAACAACGCGUCCAGAUCGGCCCACGUGCCCAAGAUCAACGCCGUCUCGGGGUUUCUGGACGAUUUUCUGAGAUACUACAAUCAGCCGCCAACGUAUUCCCGUUGUCUAGUCCAAUCGAAUAUCUUCAGACGUACCCAGAUGCCGGUCACCGGGCGACAAUUGUACGAGUACCUGUUGGCCAACAGUAACGCCGGAGAAGGCUCGGACGGCAUGUCUGUUAUUAAGAUAUCGGGAUACGUCAUGGGCGAAGGAGACAACGGUAAAUCUCUGUUCGACGACGAUGGCGACAACGACAGCAGCGUCGCCGAUGAUAACGUUCACAAUAGAUCAUCGGACAACGGUCUUCCGACGGGUGUAGAUUUAACGGACUAUGUGCUAGUACACCGUAUGAGCAACGACAUGCUGCAUUUGAAGAAAUGUCCGAGCUCCGAAUUCGAUAGUCAUCUGGGCGGAUCUGAAUCGGAUCUCCACGAAUCUCGAUCGGACUGCGGUUUCGAAAAUUGCAAUCUGUACGACGCCACACUUGUGUUGUCGUUGUCGUCGAAGCAUUGUUCGGGUUUGGACGGCAGUAGAGACGUGCCGCCGACGGACGGCAGCAACGAAAUAGCGUUGUCCUAUUACGUUCUGUUGACCGUCGACGAGAACGUCGAUUUGGAAAACAGGAACGCAACUCAUAUGGACAGGACUGGUCAUCAGAGACACAGCACGCCCAUUCAAAAACUGCACGACCAACUGAGCAACGUGACCGUGUCGACGAGCGUUCCUUGCGGCAGUUACAGUUACACGAUGGCGUCGGAUUCGGCAACGUGUUGGGGCGGCAGUUUGGACGAAAUCAAUUCGAACGUGUGGUGUCCGACGCCUCCCAACACGCGACAACGGUGGAGCAGCCCAAAUCAAAACGACCAUCUGUACAACCAUCACAAGUACAAAGUGCUCAAGGAUCACCUGACCUGUUGUUACGGACAAAGAGCCGCGGAGUUGGUAGCGCAAACCGUCGAUACGGCGGCGAGUCGUUGCCGAGUGCACAUGCUGUGGCGCACGUUUAGCUUGCAGUCCGACCAACAAAAAUCCGGAUUGUCCGUGUUGUCGUUCGACGAGCUGGAAGAACUGGUUACGAAGGCCGGACUCAUCGAGCCGUUGGCCGUGUACGAUCCGAGAAUCGGACCGUUACUCGAACAGCUGUCGGUCGGACCCCAGUGGUUCGGCUCGUUGCACAAACUGCUCGUGUCCACAUCGCAGUCGCCCAGGCUGACGACCAGGUGUCGCCUGUACAGCAGUUACAACGCCGAACACCAAUAUCUGGUAGUGUUGCCGGCCGCGGCCACCGACAACGUGGACCAGGUGGACGUGUUCGUGUUGAUCAGCAACAAGAGCGUCCGCAGAUCGGGUCAGCCGAUAAACAUCGUCUACAGGAAAGCGUGCAACAACUCGACGAGCAGCCUGGAGAACAUCGUCGAAGCCGUCGGACGGGCCGUAUGUUAUUUCGUAUGGCGAGCCGCCAUGUCGGCAACGGCCAACGUAACGCCCAGCGUUCCGUCCAAUUCAUCGCAACAAUAGAACAGCGGACGGACUCGCAACGUGUCCGGCCCGUAAAACCGUUUUUUUAUAAUAUUACUAAGGAUGUAAUAUUAGUAUGUUAUUUUUGUUAUUGUUACCUGUUAUUGUUCGUGCCAUGUUUCGUUUUUAAUUAAUUUUAUAAUACAUAACAAAAUAUUGUGUCUAGUCAAGAGUAGAAAAAAAAUAAUAAAGCGUUCGGACCGUUUUUUUUUUUUUUUUAACGUAGAUAACGGCCAUUAACUGAUUUUUUACACCGGCUGUUGAUUUGCUCCAAAGUUACACUUUUUUUUUUUUACACAUAACCGACUGUCCGUAUGAUUUUUUUGAUAUAUAAAUUUGAUAUUUAAAAUGGUGUACACUAAUCCGUUCAAAACAAUAUAAUAUUAAACACAAUAAUUCGAUUAAAGGUGUCUCGUUUGUCGUUAACGAAAAAUUGGCAAUAAAAUGUUUUUUCCAAGCCUUUUUCGGUUGCUCGUUGCGUUUCAACAUAAUUGAAAAUCUAUAUAGAAUGAUUUUUUUUUUUUUUAGGGAUUUAUCUAUUUCCCUCGUAUGUAUAUUAUUUUGUAAAUUUACUAUCGUAAGUCUGAUAUUAUGUAAUAAUAAUAAUAAUAAUAAUAAUAUUAACAAUGCAGUCAUUUGAUUUGUCUAUGAGUGAGACUUAUAGUACAAUAAUGAUAUUAUUAUAAGACAACUGUUCUUUCGUUCCAUUAUUAAUAUACUUUCAUUGCAUUGCUU